AUGGCUGAAGCAGAAAAAAGACCUGUUGAUAGUUCAUCAUCUAGUCAACCAAUUAAAGAAGAAAAACGUGGAGAGCUUGAAGCUCUUGAAGAAAGUGAUAAGCUUGGUGAACUUAGAUCAGAUAUCAUUGGUACAAGUCCUGAAACACCAUCAAUAUUAAUGAAUACUCCAUUCAGUAAAUAUCGUGGUUCAGUUUCAUGGGUUGAAGGUUUUGAACAAAACCUUCAUAUUCUUGCUAAAGAUAAAUAUCCAGGACGUGCUAUGGGUGUAUUUACAAGUGGUGGAGAUGCACAAGGAAUGAAUCCAGCUGUUCGAGCUAUUGUUCGUAUGGGUAUUUAUCUUGGUUGUAAAGUUUAUUUUAUACAUGAGGGUUAUCAAGGUCUAGUCGAUGGUGGUAAUAGUAUUCGUCAAGCAACAUGGGCAGCUGUUUCUGGAAUUCUUGAUGAUGGUGGAACAAUUAUUGGUAGUGCACGUUGUAAAGAAUUUCGUGAAAGACCUGGUCGAUUACGUGCUGCAAAAAAUUUAAUUGAUCAUGGUAUUAAUAAUAUUGUAUGUAUUGGUGGUGAUGGUUCAUUAACUGGUGCUAAUUUAUUUCGUAAAGAAUGGGAUAGUCUUUUACAAGAACUUGUUGAAACAAAUCAAAUUACAAAAGAAAAUGCUAAUAAAUAUAAAAAUUUAAAUAUUGUUGGUCUUGUCGGAUCGAUUGAUAAUGAUUUUUGUGGUACAGAUAUGACGAUUGGAGCUGAUUCAGCUUUACAUCGUGUUAUGGAAGCUAUUGAUUGUAUUACAACAACAGCUUCAAGUCAUCAACGUUGUUUUGUUCUUGAAGUAAUGGGUCGUCAUUGUGGUUAUUUAGCAUUGGUUACUGCUCUUGGAUCAGAUGCUGAUUGGGUAUUUAUUCCUGAAUCACCACCUGAACCAGGAUGGGAAGAUCAAUUAUGUAAUAAACUUAAAAAUACACGUGAAAUGGGACAACGUUUAAAUAUUAUUGUUCUUGCUGAAGGUGCUAUUGAUUCUGAUGGUAAUCCAAUAACAAGUGAUAGUGUUCGUCAACUUAUUUCAACACGACUUAAAUAUGAUACGCGAGUAACUAUUCUUGGUCAUGUUCAACGUGGCGGUUGUCCAUCAGCAUUUGAUCGACUCCUUGGUACACGAAUGGGUACAGAAGCUGUUCUUGCAUUAAUGGAAGCUACUCCAACAUCACAACCAGUUGUUAUUGCUCUUAGUGGUAAUCAAACAGUUCGUGUGCCAUUAAUGCAUUGUGUAGAAAAAACUUCGGCUGUUGCUGAAGCAAUGAGUUCCAAACGAUUUAAAGAAGCUCAAGAAUUACGUGGUAGAAGUUUCAAAGGAAAUCUUGAAACAUAUAUUCGUCUGAGUAAAUUACGACCAAAAUUAUUUUCUAAUAAGCAGCACUCUUUUAAUUUGGCUGUACUUAAUGUUGGUGCACCUGCUUGUGGUGUCAAUGCAACUGUACGUUCUAUUGUACGUUAUGGUUUAUGUGAAGGACAUAAUAUGUUUGCUAUAUUCGAUGGAUUUGAAGGUUUAGUCAAUAAUCAAGUUAAAAAUUUACAAUGGAUGGCAGUUAAUGGUUGGAGUAGUGUUGGAGGUUCAUUACUUGGUUGUCAAAAAACAAGUGCAGCUAAAGUUGGUUUACCAUUAAUAGCAGAAAAAAUUCGUGAACUUAAUUUUCAUGCAUUAUUAAUUAUUGGUGGAUAUGAAGCUUAUUUAUCGGUUCUACAAAUGUAUGAAGCACGAAGUAAACAUCCAGAAUUUAAAAUUCCACUUAUUUGUAUUCCUGCUACAAUUUCAAAUAAUGUACCUGGUACAGAAUUUAGUAUUGGUGCUGAUACUGCACUUAAUGAAAUCGUUAAAAUUUGUGACAAAAUCAAACAAUCUGCUCAAGGCUCUAAACGACGUAUAUUUGUAAUUGAAACUAUGGGUGGUUAUUGUGGUUAUUUAGCUACAAUGGCUGCACUUGCUAGUGGUGCUGAUCAAGCCUAUAUAUUUGAAGAACCAUUUACAAUAAAAGAUUUAAUUGAUGAUGUUGAUCAUUUACGUAAAAAAAUGGAAGGACAUUUAAAACGUGGUUUAUUACUUCGAAAUGAAAUGGCUAAUGAGCAUUAUUCAACUGAUUUUAUAACAAAAUUAUUACAAGAAGAAGGUAAAGGUGUAUUUAGUGCACGAAGUAAUGUUCUUGGUCAUAUGCAACAAGGUGGCUUACCAUCACCAUUCGAUCGAGCAUUUGGUACAAAAUUAGGAUGUAAAGCAGUUACAUAUGCAGUAUCAUUAAUUGAGAAUGCAGCAACAGAUGAAGGAAAAGUAGUUUGUAAUACGGCUAAAAGUGCUGUCGUGUUAGGUUUGAUUAAACGACAGAAUGAAUUUACAUCUGUUGAAGCACUUAAAUCCAACACUGAUGUCGAACAUCGAAUGCCACUUGAACAAUGGUGGCUUAAACUUCGACCAUUACUUCGUAUUUUAGCUAAACAUGAAAGUGUAUACGUAGGUGAUUCCGUCGAAACGGGCGUUGAUGAGGUGGACUAG